AUGUCUACUUCUCAGCCGUCACAAUCUCCUGGCUACCAUCUUCGUCCCGGUUCUACUCCGUAUAUGGAUACACUUGGUCCCAGCGCGGUCGUGAAUUCUCCUGCUCCCCACUCGAAAAAUUUGGACGCUGCAGCUCUUAGAACUCAACCUUACUUCACCACGCAAGAUGAGCUGACGCUUUGGCGACAGAAACAGAAAGAAGCUGAAGAGCUCAACGCGCGUAUCGAAAACCUGAGACUUUCAGGUAUGCCAGAAGAUCAACUUCCAAGUCCGGUGAGACUUCCCAUCACCCCACUAUUGAACGACAUAGCUGAGUAUCGAGCGGGUAGCAGAGCAGCCACAUCAGUUGGACGUUCUACUAGACCUUCGUCUCCAGCUUAUCCAGUGAGAGCUGCAUCAGUCUCUCAAACUUUAAACUCUCAAUCGCCAUUGAAACGCACACCAUUGAAGGAUUACCCGGUCAAGCUGGCUUCCAAUCUUCGACCAGUUCGCUCCGUUGAGCAGUCUCCAGGUCUCAUCAUGACCAGCGCAUCCGUUCCAAACAUCGUUGCUGAUCGAGUUGACCUCCCAAAAACUUCGACCGACCAAUCACCCGCUUAUUUCAAUGCCCUCAAAGAAGCUGAAACCAUCAUCACUCAGCUCCGUUCAUCUCACGACAACUUACUUAUCAAGGUGACAGAACUUGAGAGUCAACUGGAUCAACUCGAGGGUGAAAAUCAGAGCUUACGAACACGUACACAGCAAUUAGAAAGUUGGCUGGCAGAUGAAGAGAAUGAGAAAGAGAAACGAAACCGAGCAACAGAAGAACUGAGAGCAAAGGUCGAAGCAGAGGCACGCCAACAAAGAGAAGCUCAAGAGCGUGCUGAUGCUCAAGUACGUGCAGAUCAUCAAGCUCGGACAGAUGCUCAAGCGCGCAUGGACAAUCAAAGCCGUGGAUACCCAGCAGAGGGCAUGGCUCGCGCAGAGGCACAAGCACAAGCAGAUGCUCACCGGACAUCCCAAACCAAUCGACACCCGGGCCUAGCUACGCGGUCGAUGACCCCAGACCAUCACACGGGUGCAGCCCAAUUGCGCGCCAAAUUGCAACUUCGAGAUCAGGAACUGGGCAAACAGGCCGCGCGACCGCCUUUCAACAUCGGUUCUUAUCCCGAAUUGACUUUUCCUCAGGGACCUCCUUUGGCACAUGCUAACCGCCACAAAGGCUACUACGAUUCACCAACAGAACCGAGAUUGAGACGUUCUAACUCGUCUUCAGGCCCUUUACCACUGCGCUCUUAUGGUUAUACUCAUCCAAUGAUGUCAGAAGAGGAAGAAGUAUGGCUAGUCACUCAAGCCAAACAUCAAGAAGCUCUGUCAAGAGUGAAUGGAAUGUAUAGAGGGGACGUUUAUGGAGAAGUAGACUGGCCACCCUCUACCACCAAUUAUGGAACUCAUCCUGAUCCGUAUCAUACGUCUCAUUUUGAUCCAAGAAAGUAUUGA